AUGGACAACGAUGGCCGCUUUCAUGAUGGUGAUGGUGGAGAUGAUGAAGGUGAUAGUGACGAUGAUGGUGAUGGUUGCCACUUCAGUGAAGUAUGUAAAGAAUCUGAAGAUUGUAUAGAAGAUAAUUUAUUUGGUACGUGUGUUAGUCCUGAUUCAGUUUCCCUCCCUUUUUACGAUGUAAGCCGAAACGGGUUCCGCGAUCUCAAGAUCGUUAUUCGAUUUCUCCUGGAUAGAGGCUACCAGUGGAGAGAUGAUGCAGCACAGAAAACACUGGAGAAGAUAUUGGACCAGUACCGCAUGGAGUACGUGGACCCGGAGGUGGAGCUAGAGGUCAACUAUGCGAGGGAGCGGGAGCUGGAGCUGGAGGCCCUGGAGAACAUGGCUGCCCAGUACGGGAGUCUCUUCUUCAACAGGGAGACCAACGAUAGACUGGAGAAUGCAGAGGAAAUGAAACGAAACUAUGGCAUUGAUCCUGCUUAUUACACCGAGGAAGAGAAGGUUACCUAUCUUCCCCAAAACAAGGUAGCUAGGGGAACCAGCAAGGAUGAGGUGGAGGAUUUAAUACAGCAGUACGUGCAAGCUAUUGAAAAUUCAAGCCCCAGGGAGACGGAGGAAGAGGCAAAGUGGAUGUAUCAUGAGUAUUACCAGAAAUACCUAGAUCUUCUUGAGCAGUAUAGAGCCAUUGAGAGGGCAGCACAAAACGAGUUGGCAGGGGAAGAGGAUUACGGGGAGGAGAGUCCAGAUUACUAUGCAGAGGUUCGGGAAAAACUUGACUACUUAAAACAGUACUUAGAAGAGAUAUACCAAGGGGAGUUGGAUAAGGAGGAAGAAGAGGAGGAGGAGGAGGAGACUGGGAUGGAAGGAAAUGAUGAAGGGAUGGUUGAUGGAGGGAUGAGUCAAAGUUCUAGUAGCUGGUGGGAAGCGAGCAGUAGCAGCAUCAGUGAAGGUGGAUUGGAGGAAAUCUUAGAAGAAGGGAUUGACCGACUGGCUGUCCAACUCAUCAACAACGAGCUCAUCCCCCAGAUGACCCCUCAGGAGCAGGAACAGUGGAGGCGACUCAACGAAGACGAGAAGGAGGGCAUCAUCCAGGAGGCUCUCCAGGCUAUUGACUGGGUUGCCAUGGAGAUGGAGACGGAGGGUGCAGAGGAAGGGCAAGUCCAGAGGGAGAUGGUGGCAGAGGCGAUGGAGGCGGAAGAAGAAGAGGCGGAAAAGGAGGCGGAGGAGGAGGCAGCGAUUGAAGCAGCGAUGAAGGAUGGAGAAUGGCUUAAUGAAGGUAAUUAGAAAGGAAUGGUGCAGGUGGUGGUGAUGGUGACUUCGUUGGCAGUGGUGGUAAUUAUGAUAAUGAUGAUAAUGAUAAAAAUGAAGAUUAACAUGAAUAUGAUAUUG